AUGCUUGCCAUCACCACGCUCCUCCCCCUUCUCACUGCUGUCGCUGCUCAAUCGCACGUCUUCACUGGCAGCCUGUGGUGGCCGGGCGCAGCAGGCACCGCGACGGCGGCCCACUCGGCCCCCGCCCCCGAGCCGACGGCAGGCCAGGCAGUGGCGUACUGCAACAAGACGCUCGUGCCGCUGUACAACACGCAGAUGCUCUCGUGCAACACCGACCUGGGACCCGCCCCAUUUGGGCCCGACUGCAAGGCGAACGACAACUAUGAGGGCGGCAAGACGUACGCCUGCCCGCUUGAGCCGGUCGGCAGCCGGUGUGCGGAGCAGUAUCGCCCCGCUGAGGGCAGGUACAACUCUACCUGCGACUGGCCCGCGCUCGGGGGCAACGCCAAGUGCAAGGAGACUCGCGACAGCGAGCUGUACAAGUACGACUGCCCUUGGUCGCCUACUUGGUAG